AUGGAGUCUUCCUCCAAGACCUUCAUGAGACACCUGCCAGUCACACCAGGCUACAGUGGCUUCGUGCCCUACCUUAGCUGCUGCCAAGAAUCCACCAGCAAGGACAACAUGUCCCACUGCCUGAAAACCUUCCAGGAAAGCACACAACGAUAUAAACACCAGCUGGAGGAGUUUCACUGCUCAGUGGCCACUGCCCGGAAGCUGAAGCCCGUUUGCUCGGAGGAGACGGUCCUGCGGGAGCUGCAUCAGUAUUAUCGGCAGUAUCACCCCCUGAGUUUGGAAUGCAAACACGUAAAGAAACCUCUCCAGGAGCCUCCAAUCCCCGGCUGGGCUGGCUACCUCCCGAGAGCCAGGGUCACGGAAUUAGGCUGUGCCACGAGGUACGCUGUGAUGGCCAGAAACUGCUACAGAGACUUCCUGGACCUCGUGGAGCAGGCCAGGAAGGCACCCCUGAAGCCAUAUGAGGAAAUAUAUGGAGUCGGGUCCACACAGCCUCCUUCUGCUCCUUCUCCAAAGGUUUUGCAGCACCAAGGGCUACGGCCAAAAUAUCCGGAGUUUUCUAUCCCAGGUGGUAGCUGUCCUGCCCACGGAAGACCCCUGACAGAGGACCCCAGGCCUCCAGUGACGUGUGGCUGUGCCCAGAGAUCAACCAUGUCCUGCAACGGGAAGAUUUAUCUAGAGCCUCUGUCCUCAGCAAAGUAUGCAGAAGGCUGA